AUGCAAGAGAUACCUACCUACCAAAAAGCAAUUAUUGUUGAGACAUUGGGUGAGAAUCCUAAGGUAAAGCUCGUCUCAGAUUAUCCCGUUCCCGUGCCCCAGAAAGGAGAGUUACUUGUAAGAUUGACUAGUUCUGGAAUAUGUCACAGUGAUAUUUCUGUUUUAAAUGGCCAUUGGGGCUUUUUCCAAACGUCUAAGGUAGGCGGUCAUGAAGGAGUCGGAUUCAUUGUCAAGCUCGGGGAGGGUGUCGACGCUAAAGCGUUUCCAUUGGGUACGAAAGUGGGCGUUUCCUUGAUUUCCAACCCAUGUCGAAAUUGUUAUGCAUGUGGGUUGACUGAUGGGGAGGUGUUUUGCAAGAAUUCAUCAUUCUACGGUACCGAUAUUGAUGGCACAUGGCAACAAUACGUCAUAAUAAAAGAAUCUUAUGUCAUUCUUUUGCCAGAGAAUUUGACAAUAGAACAGAUGUACUACAUUGGACCGAUGCUCUGUGGCGGUGUUACUGCUUACAAGGCGAUAAAAGCAUCUGAAAAACAUAAGGGUCAAACAAUAGUGAUUACUGGUGCUGGAGGAGGAUUAGGUUCGUUUGGUAUUCAAUACGCCAAGGCAAUGUCUCUAAGAGUCAUUGCAGUUGAUAGUGGAGAAGAAAAGAAGAGGUUUACUCAAAGUCUUGGAGCAGACAUUUUUAUAGAUUAUGAAAAUAGUGAUGUUCCGUCUAAAGUCCUCGAGGCUACUGAUAUGAGGGGGGCAGAUGCAGCAAUUAUGUUUGCCCCCAAUGAAAAAUCAUACAACGAGUCCGUUGAUUAUCUUGCUUUACAAGGAGUUCUUGUCUGUGUAGGAAUUCCCAGAGUUGAUUCGAAAUUUAAAUUUUCACCUUCAAAAUUGAUAUACGCUGGAAAAAAAGUUAUUGGUUCUUUCAUUGGCACCAGAAGUGAUAUUAUUGAGGCUAUCAAAUAUUUUACAAAUGGACAAGUCAAACCAUCGGUAGAAGUCAAAUCAAUGGAUGAUAUUCAAGAACUUUUAGAACAAAUGCUGGCUGGUUUCAUUCAAGGAAGAAUAGUUCUUGACUUGAAUUAA